AUGGUCUAUGAAGGGAGUUGCACAAAGACGGAAACAAGGGACACCUGGGUCCAUCUGGCGCUCAACAUUGUGGCCACGGUCUUACUCGCAAGCUCGAACUACUGCAUGCAAUUACUCUCAUCUCCCACUCGCAGCGAGAUCGAUAAAGCCCAUGCUAAGCAGAAAUGGUUGGACAUUGGCAUUCCCAGCAUGCGAAAUCUUGCUUCGUUGCGAAAGAAGAAAGUCAUUCUGUGGUGGCUGCUGGGAGUUUCAUCGAUCCCGCUGCAUCUAAUUUACAAUUCCGUCUUUUACUCUGCCCUUGCUACGAAUAACUAUAGUGUUCUGUACGCCUCCAAUAGUUUCGUACAGGGCGCCAGCUACGACAAGAACAAAUUUUCUGAUACCGAAGAAUGCAACGUCACCGACAUUCAGGCCCGCGCCAGCAAGGACUUUAUUUUGCUCAACAAUGAGGAUUGCAUUCACGCCUAUGCACGGGAUUUUGUCGAGGACCGCCGCAACGUGAUUGUAGUGGUUAAGAAUCCUCCAGCAAACGAGGGUUCACUGUUCAAGAUAGCCGUCAACGAAUUCCCUCCAGUCAUCAACAGCAGUUUCAACAAUUUCGCAUGGAUCUGCGACAACCCGGAUGUCGUGAACCAAACACAUGCAUGCUGUGAGAAUCAAUGGGGCUUUGUGCCGUGUUCGAAGAUUACGCCGAAACUGGUCGAUAUUGCUGAUCAAUGGUCUACCGGCGGGUUUGAAGUCGACCAUUGCCUCUCGGAACCCGUCGAAUCCCAAUGCCAUCUGCAUUUCUCCCUCAUUCUGAUGGGCGUGGUUCUGGUCUUCAACAUCCUCAAAGUCAUCGGGAUCGCCUACGUUACCUUCUGGUUGGGAGAAUCACCCCUGGUGACUGUUGGGGAUGCACUGCAAUCAUUCCUCCGCCAUCCUGACUCCACGACUGAGGGCAUGUGUCUAGCCAGCCACUCAAGUAUUGUCGCCUCCUCCAAGCUCGGCUACCGGUCCAUGCCCAUGAGAUAUGACCCUCGACAGCAUCGCUUCUUCGAAGCCGCGACCUGGAAGCAGUGGGCUUUCCUGCUCGGCUUGUUCACGUUCGCGGGCGUCGGGACAGCGGUUUGCUUAGCACUCGGUAUCGAGAACCUAAGGGGCGACAGAACUAUCCAGGACGCGUGGUCGAUCGGCUUGAACACGGUCAAGCCUCAGAACCUGAUCAUGGGCUGGAAUUUAGCCGGUUCCGGCAACACGUCGAUCGCGAUUCCCACACUCAUCGCCAACGCCCCACAGGCAUUGUUCUCCUUCCUCUACGUCUGCUAUAACAGUCUCUUUACAGUCAUGUUCCUUGCACGCGAAUUGAUGCGUUUCAGUGUUACGAGCGGCCGGGGACGGAAGUAUCUGCGUGUUAGCGAGGCCAAAGGCGAGCAAAAGUCGACAUAUUUCCUCAACCUACCGUUCAAGUAUGGUCUACCUCUCCUCGUUGGCUCGGGCUUGCUGCACUGGCUUGUGUCACAGAGCGUCUUCCUCGCGAACAUCGCCAUCAUCCCUCGAGACGGGACAGUGCCCAUGCAAGACGAGAUUACCACGGUGGCCUAUUCGCCGAUAGGCAUGCUCUUCCUCCUCUGUUUGGGCUUCGUCCUUCUCGUCUUCCUCCUCGCCACCGCGGUAAGAAAGCUACCCUUUGGAAUGCCCCUUAUAGGGAGCAACUCCAUGGCUAUCAGUGCUGCGUGUCAUCUGCCAUCUGGCAUGGACCAGAGCGAGCGCGAGGAGAUGGUGCUCAGGCCUCUGAACUGGGGUGCCGUGCCCGGCGCAGGCAAAGUCUUGGACUUGGGUAUCCACGAUCCUAAUGCCUAUGGCUACGAAAGCGGUGAUUUGGACGAAGACGGAACGGGCUUCGGACACUGUUGCUUCAGCGACCGAGUGCUGGACCCGCCAGUCAAGGGCAAAUUCUACAUCUGA